AACAGACAUUCCCGCUGUUUGUUGUUUAUCAGUCUGCUUUGUCUUUGACCACUAUAUUGAGUCAUUUGUUUUAUCCAGAAGUCUUUUUGUCAUUAACAGCCAAGACUUGCCUUCAUUUUAAGCCUAAUGAUGCAUUUGAACAUUUGUUGAGAAGCAGAUUUCAGGGUGUGUCCAGUAUUUUGAGAGGAAGAAGCGUGUGGUGUGUUUACAGUACGAUAGGCUGAGAUAAUUAUGGGUUCACUUGGGAGCCGGUUUCAGUCGUCACCCCGGGGCCCGGAUGAAGCUGCGGAGAGGCAAUGUGCUGGAAACAGACACGGUUGUAAGUGCAGGAAGAGGAAACGCAGCUCUCAUUGUGAGUGUGACAGUGAGCCAGAGGAAGAGGACAGUCAGCUGGACACACCACGCAGAAAGAAGUUGAAAAGCACCUCUAAGUAUAUCUACCAGACACUUUUCCUGAAUGGAGAGAACAGCGACAUCCAGAUUCGUGCCCUGGGGCAAGAGUGGAACCUGCACAAGAUUUACUUGUGUCAGUCAGGCUAUUUCUCCAGCAUGUUCAGUGGAUCCUGGAAGGAAUCCAACAUGAUGGUCAUAGAGCUUGAGAUCCCAGACCAGAAUAUUGACACAGAGGCCCUGCAAGUGGUUUUUGGGUCACUGUACAGGGAUGACGUAUUGAUCAAACCAAGCCGGGUCGUGAACAUUCUUGCUGCGGCUUGCAUGCUCCAACUGGAUGGACUAAUCCAUCAGUGUGGAGAGACCAUGAAGGAGAAUGUGAAUGUUAAGACCGUGUCCAGCUAUUAUAAUGCCGCCACCAUGUACGGCUUGGACUCCGUCAUGAAGAAGUGUUUAGAGUGGCUCCUCAAUAACCUUAUGACUCAUCAGAACGUGGACCUAAUGAAGGAGCUCGGGGUGGAAAUGAUGGAACUGCUCAUUCAGUCCUCUGAUCUGUUUGUAAUGCAAGUGGAGAUGGACGUUUACACUGCACUGAAAAAGUGGAUGUUUUUGCAGCUUAAUCCAUCAUGGGAUGGCCCUAUUAAACAGCUUCUGCUCGAUGCAGAUGCCUGGCUUUGUAAAAGAAGAAGUGAGUCUGGAGAGGAGGAACCAUUUCUGAACACAGAUGAUGGGAUGCCCUUCGUCCCUGUUUUCAGACACAUCCGUCUGCAGUACAUCAUCAAUGACCUGGCAUCUGCCCGUAUGCUGGAACGAGACAACAUCCUGCCUCCGGAGUGGCUGAGCACUGUAUACAAAAAGCAGUGGUUUGCCAUGCUGAGGACGGAACAUGAAAAUGAUAACGGACCUCAAGAUGCCAAUAAAGAGGACUUUGAGCUGAACAGCAUGCGCUGUGGCCGAAAACUGAUCAAGGAUGGAGAUUACUGUUGGCGAUGGACAGGGUUUAAUUAUGGCUUUGACCUGUUGGUGACCUACACUAACCGCUUCAUUAUCUUUAAGAGAAACACUCUCAGUCAGCCAUGUGGAGGCGCUGUUAGUUUACAGCCACGACGGCACCUUGCAUACAGAUUGCGGCUUGCGUCAUUUGAUCACAAUGGAAAAGUGGUUUGCAGCCGGUCAACUGGCUACCAGCUUGUUUCUCUUGAAAAGGACCAGGAAUACGUGGUGAUGAAUCUGGACAGUCGGCUCUUGUCUUUUCCUCUAUAUGUGUGCUGUAACUUCCUCUACACGUCGCCAUCCAAUGAGAGGAGAGGUGACACACCAGAGCCAGAGAGUAGCGCACGCAGCGUGUCAUGACAUAAACCACCAUAACCAGUCCAGCCUUUAACUGAGCCUUCUUUUUAUGUUACAUUUUGUCAGCCUCUGAUGUAUAUUAUUCUUUUUAUAUAUAUAUAUAUAUAUAUAUAUAUAUCCUUUUUGUUUAUGUAAAUAGUCAGGUGCCUUUUAAAUAAUUGACUAAAUUCCAACAUCAAAGAGUCAAAUCUGACAAAGUCUACAGAUAAGCUCUUUGUCAAGUUUUUGUUUCUGUUCGUAUUUGUUUGGAGGUGGUCUUACAUGUACAGUCAUUUUUCUUGUUAGGCUGGUUGUUGAUUUGUCAGGCAUUCCCAUAUUUUUAAAGAAAAAAAAAUAUAUACUGAAUACCAUAAUUAUCAAUUUUGUACUGUAAAAAAUUGUUAAAAUUGGUGCUAACUUCACAUUUUUGUUGUCAUUUGUCAAUGCAUGUUAUUGUAGGAAAACCAAGGGUCUAAUGGGCAUGUGUUGGUUUUGAAUUAAAGGGCAUUUAAUAGACUUUCGUAGAAGUUCAAUGAAUCAGAACAGUUUUGAGUAUUUAUACACAAUGUGUUUUUGGCUAUAUGUAAACCUUUUUGGACCAAAGUAUCAAAGGAGAAGUCCAAUAAAACUGCAUUGACAAACAGAUUACUUGUUCAUUAUGAGUCAUCUCAUAUAAAUUACUCAUAUUAAAUACUUGUUAUUUUCAUGAUUUGGAAAUGAUGAU